AUGCCCCCGCGGCGGCCGGCCAUUGGCGGGAACGACGACCCCACCGCCAGGUUCGAGAAGGUGGAGCUCUCCGACAGCGACUUCGUGGUGCAGAGCCCCUACAACGUGCCGAAGAGCCAGCGGUUCCAGUACCGGAACGGUGUCCGGACAUUCUGGGUGUACCGGAACGACAAGCCCUUCAACACUGCCACCCACACCAACCCCCGCUCCGAAGUGAUGAUCCGAGUAAACUAG